AUGGAAUAUCGUAAGAAAAAUCUAAAGGCAAAGCCAAAUAUUGAUCAAACCUUGAGGCAGGCGUUCGAUCACCAGGAUUUCAUGACUAAAUUAGACUUCUAUGGUACAUUACGCAAGAUCGUUUUUAUGAAUUAAAAUGAUCUCAAAAUCAAAUCAAAUAAACCUUGCACUAUCACUAGUGAAGGCUUCGCUAUAUAUUUAAACCAGACUUUGUAAACACUGUUAAAGAAUUUAGAAAUGAAAUCGAAAGAUCCAAGAAGCUAUCUUUAUAAAAAAUUUAAGAUAUCUGACUAUGACAAGCUUGAUCUUUCAAAAGAUAAUAAACUGAGUCAGCGAAUGAUAGAAUAACUUUAUAACUUUUACGCCAAACCACCUGUAUGCUUCAUUGAUUAAUCUGACAUGCUGAAGAGUACAAGUAUUUUUUCUCAAAACCAAUUUGCAGGUCAGGCACAGGACCCUAAAGAAAAAGCAAAUGUAAUGAGUGAGCAAGGCACUUGCAAAGAAAUCAAGGUCUGCUUUGAGGGAAGAGUAUUUAAAGCGCUAGAUGACUUAAGGCGUGACAGAAAUAAACAGUAGGGUAACAAUAAUAGAAAGUUCACUCCAAAUGAACAAAUGAUGGAAUCACUUAUGACAAAGCAUUCAGCAAGGAAAAAUGGUGUUUAUCAAAAAGACUAUAAUAAGAGUCCUUUGUAAAUCAGGCUCAGAUAAAUAACAAGUGAAGAACGAACCAAACCUGACGAAACACAUAUUAAUUCAGUAGAAAGCAAUACGAUCAAGAAUUCAAUCAAUGGAUCAAUAUCACAUAGAGUCGACAAUCAAAAGGAGUCACCAUCCUAGAAAAUAUAAACCAGGUGCAGGGCAGAUACCACAGCUACGAAGGAAAGUUCCUAGGAUGAAGAAUCAAAGAACGAUCCUAACAGAUUCUCACCUUUUAGAAAAGGUAGUGACGACAAAACAUUCUCAAGUCACGUUCACUUAUAAUCUGUACUUGAGGAGAAGCAAAAGAAGUAUGAAGCAUCUGGCUAAGGCAGACUUGGUACAAAACUUGAAAGAAUCGUAUCUCUUAGCUCCCAAGAGCUGAGUUCUUAAUCAAGUAUUCCUAAGUUACAAGCACAGUCCUUCAAGCAUGCCAAAGAUGACAAGGAAUUGGAUGGACUAUUGCUGAAUCAGAUUGAGGAAGAGUCAAACGACAAAGCCACUUAAAAUUAUGCAAUUUAAUCUCAAACUUAGCAGACGUAGUCAUCAAAAUCUGGUUAUCUCUAGAGCCAAUCAGAGGUAACUGAGCAGUAGAAAAAUGCAUACUUCAACUUCAAUGUCUCUCAAAGUGACAUCUCUGAAAUUUAAAGACAACUGCAGAAUCUUGAUAGCAAGAAGGAACUACAAAAACUACUUGAGAAAAGUGAGUAAACUCAAUAUAAUAUGUCAACUCUAGGCACUGAUAACCUUCUAGAUUCAAAUACAAAUUUAAUGGUACAGCCAAAUCUAUCUAAACUUUCAUCACAACCUCAUCCAUAGAUGAGAAUAAUACUUCAACCCAUGAAUUCGUGA